AUGCUAGCAGCGUGUGAAGCCGGCGAAGUCUUCGCGUUGCUGGAGGGACGCGAUGCAGCCGACGCAGUCGCUGCGCUGUACAACGCUGUGCGGGAGCCCUGGCUCACACGCGCGCUUUUAUUGUAUCACGCACGCACAGGAGCCACGCGUGCCCUCGAUCUUCUCGCUCGUGCACCGGAGCCCCACACGCGUCAUUUGCUCGACGCUCUGCUCGAGCAACUGCGGGGAGAUCGACAGUCGCGGCACCACGCACUUGCAGCACUAGCGCCGCUAGUUGCGCGUCGGCCGCCAUGGCUGCAUCGCUUGCCUGGUCAUCCGUUGGCAUCCGCGUUGCUUCGCGCUGCACGAAUAGAACGGGAACCACUUUCGCUGCUUCAUGCGCUGCUGACAUUAGCCGCGUUACUCCACGCUGCACCAGCGCUCGCCGCCCCGCACUGGCCCGAACUCGCCGACGCGAUGCUCCGCCCCGCCGGCCUAGAUCCGCCCCCCGCUCCGCCCGCCCGCGCCCACCUCCAGCUUGCCCAACUCGCGCUCUUCCACGCCCUAUACGCGACUCACCCCUGUACUCUAAUAGAGACUCUACGCGCGGAAUGUAACUCACAAUCCGCGCGCGACCUUUGGGAGCGCGGGCUCUCUCCGUUACUCCAUUCCGUGCGUUUACAUCCGGCACUCGUGACUGGUUCGCGGCAACGGGAAGCGGAUAGUACGAGAUGGACGCGGCAUGAGAUUCACGAUGUGGUCGCCGAGAGCAGACGUCUGUCGACGCGCGAGCACGUUGACGAGCGGGUCAAUUCGGCGGGUGUUCAUUCUUUAACGCCGGUUAUCACCCCGUCGCCGGUGCCGGGGUCCGGUGCUCACGCCGCUCGCGCCGCGGCGGCGUUGCGGCCCGGCGCGGAGUCCUGGUUCGCGCUCACGGAUCGUUGCGGUGCGGAUUCGGCGCCGCACACGCCUCUACCCGCGGAAACGGAUGUCGUCGAGCCGCCGGAAGCGGCCGUCGAGGCGACACCGGAGAACACGCCCGCGAAGGAGACGCGCGCACAGUUCCGGUUCCCGGGCGAGUCGGGCGCGGUGCGGGCGAUUGGGCUGCGCAAGGAGGCGUCGCCGCCGGGCGCGGGGUCGGGGGCGAGCGACGCGGUGGCGGGGCGGCUGGCGCGCGUGGCGAGCGAGCGGCGCGCGGCCGACUCGCCCGUGCCGCUGUGCGCCGCGCCGCCGCCCGCCGGCGCCGCCGUCGCGCGCCCGCAGCCCAACCGCGCCGUGCUGCCGGACGCCGAGCCACUCAACGUGGAGGACCGCGAGGUACUGGAGUUGACGGCUCGGUCGCGGGCAGAAGAGCCGUGGCCGGACGUGGAGGCGGUGCCGCGCGCGCGCGACCCGCGGCGGACGGGCGGGCGGCGCCGCGCCGGGGCCGCGCCGCCGCCGCGCCGCGCCGCCUCGUGCUGCGCGCGCGUGCCGCCCGCCCGCACCAGCUCCGUGGCCGUGCAGACGGUCGACACGUGGCCCGCGCCCUACGAGUUCCUCAUCGCAGACUUCUACCGCGGCCUGCCCGAUACACCGAGACAGUCAAUCGUCGAAACUGAGAAGACGAGCGAUCACGUGUCUCCCUGCGAACGCCUUGACAAGUAUUUGACGGAGCUGUAUUCAGGAAAAACGCCUCGUGGCGAAAACGAACUGAGUGAGCAACUCGCACUUGCACACGCCCAGUUACUAUACGAGCGGUGGAGACGAGAAGCGCACGCUGAGCGCAACCGCCGGUUACUGGGUCGUUGUCGGCAGGCGCGCGCGCUGGAGUUGCAGAACGCCGCCUUACGUGAGAGACUACGCGUCGCGCAGCUCGAGCGGGAUGAGCUACGCGCGAGGCUGGCGCGAGAGACGCCCGCCCCAGUUGUAGCGGUCGCCGCCAGCGAGCGCGAGGCCAAACUGGAGGCUGCGCUCGCCGAGGAGAGCGCCGCGCGGUUACGAGCGGAAGCUGCACUGCGAGAGGCGGAAGCGCAGCGCGCGCUAGAUGAAGCAGAGCUGCAGAGGACGCGAGGGGAGUCGUUUGAAGCGUCGCGGCACGUGGAGGCGUUGGCGCGAGCUGCGUUAGCCGCCGAGCGGCGCGCCGAACACGUUCGACGCCUACGCCGAGAGUUGCUUAUGCUCGCCGAACGCGAAACUCGUCUAGCAGACGCCGCACGCGCUGCCGCAGCGACCGAAUCGGGUGGCGCUUUAGCCGAGCGUCGAGUUGCAGAAGAGCGAGCGCUGAAAGCAGCUUUAGCACGCGCCGAAGCUGAAGUAGAAGCGAGCGUGUCACGGGCGGAUGCAGCGACGGCUCGUGCACAUGAAUUAGAAGCGGCGUUGAGCGCGCGCGAUGCUGCCGCUGCGGAGCUGAAGCGAGCGCUGCGUCACGCUGCCGACGAGCAUGCAGCGAGACAGCGCGCACUACAAGACAAAUACGCGGCGCUCAUGUGCAUCGUGCGCACGGCAGAGGCGCGCAAGCUGGAGCGGCUGGCGGGCGCGCGCGACGUCUCGCGGGCCUCGGGGGGCGCGGGGGGUGCGGGGGGUGCCAGCGGCCCGGUGGGGAGUGCGGCGGGGCCGGCUGGGGGUGCGGGGGGUCCGCUGGCCGCACGUCCAGCGCUGGCAGACUGCAGCCGCGUACGCCGUCUGCUCGAACGCGAUGACGACGAAGCAACACUCGAUCGCAGCUAA